AUGGGCGCAGAGUUCAGCAGCGCCGUCACAGACGCGCAGGAGGUCCCGCCCUUCCGACGCGAGGGCCCGCGCUACGACAUGUCAACCUUCGUGGGCCGGAUGCUGCACUUCUACAGCGUCAACGACCCGCGCACGCUGCUCUUCACGGACGAGGACACCAAGUCGGCGGAGAAGCUGCUCAAGCUGGCCGACAUCGGCGAAGCUCCUGAGGGCACCACGGACGCCGACCUGUGGCAUGCCCGGCGCGUGCUCGAGUCCGCCCUCCAUCCGGACACCGGGGAGCCGAUAUUCCCUCUCUUCCGCUUCUCGGCGUUCGUGCCCGUGAACAUGGUGAUCGUCACGGCAACCGUCACGCCGGCCGUUAUCUCGAGCUUCCCGGCGACGGCCUUCAUCCACUUCUUAAACCAGACGUACAACGCAGCCAUCAACUACGCCAACCGGAACGCGUCCAACCCGGUGCCCAGGGCGCGGCUCGUGGAAGGCUACGCGGGAGCGGUGAUCACGUCCCUGUCGAUAGGCAUGCUCUCGACCGCGCUCACGAAGAGGGUGGCCGCGCGCGCGGGCGGGGCGGGCGGGCCGGCGGCGGCAAUCAUUCGGUCCACGUUGCCGUUCCUGGCGGUGGCCGGCGCCGGAGCGAGCAACGUGCUGCUGAUGAGACGGAACGAGCUUACAACGGGGGUGGACGUGUUCGACGACGAGGGCAAGGAUUUGGGAAAGAGCGUCGAGGCUGGCAAGAUGGGGCUGAUGAAGUGCGCGGCGGCCCGGGUGAUCUGGAACGUUCCCGUCAUGAUGUUCCCGCCCAUGAUCAUGUCGCGCCUGGAGCGCCUGCGGCUGGUGUCUUCGAGCCCGCGACUUCGCAUGGCUUGCGAGACGGCGGUGGUGACCUCCUGCCUGCUGGCGGCCGUGUCGCCAGCGCUGGCGUUCUUCCCGCAGCGGGAUUCUCUCGAGGUAGAUACGCUAGAGCCCAAGUUUUCGGGCCUUUCGGAUUCCGCGGGGAAACCGGUGACCCGGGUAUGGUAUAACAAGGGCUUGUGAUCUUUUUGGUCGAUUAUUUUGUAUUUUCUCGGGGAGUAUAUUUUUAGGAGGAUCAGUGUGGGUCAGAAGCCAGCCCUCCCUCACGGAGGGCUCUCGACCACUGCUGUUUUCGAUUUUUCUGGCUUUUUUUUUGCCUUGAGGGUGGGAUGGAUGGAUAGUAGUUAAUUGUUCAGCUUGUAUUUGGUCACAAGCACCGGGUUUGGUGAGUCAUGCUCUCGGAUAUUGGCCCCGAGACGAGAUGGACGAAAGAAUUAGUUGUUCUAGCUUUACUGUCGCAGGCACCAGACCGGUGCAACACGCGCUCGGAUGUCGUGUCCACAUCUAGUUUUGUGGAGAAAACAAACGAGCGUUGGAUUUCAGUUUGACCAAUGGUUUUGAGUGUUGAAAAAGUGUUUUCGGCGUUUUUCUUGGUGUGUUCAGUGAGAUGGAUGAAUCUGGUGACUCGUGGACUAUUUUUCGUAGGUUUUUCGCGUAAUUCGGCAAGUAGCAUGGUGUGUCUUCCAGCUGGGCAGCACAGCUGGAGCAGCAUACUUCGGUUCUGUGUGGCGUGUUUUUUUCGGUCGCUUCUUUCGUGGAUUAGGACACAAGAGGUCCCUGCUCAAGGCCGACUUCCCUUUUGUGCUGUUUUUAUGGGUCUGUAACGUUGACCGCGCGACGGGCAUGUUAAGUUUCGUGGCUGGACGUACGAAACAAGGCGAACGCUUUCGUUUGUACGUGCCGCUCCCGCUUUUUUUUUUUUCGUCUUCGAAUGGUUUGAGCGGUGGGUAUUUUUUCUGCGGUUUCGCAGGCAGGUGCACAUCCCUUGAGAGUGCGACUCUUUCCCCUUCAUGUGCGAGAAACUCUCAGGUGCAGUUUUGGAUGUUAUGUGGAACGUUGUGUGCGUUGACGAGACUGUCGAUAGGACUACUGCCACCGCUGCUUGCCGCCAUUGGCAGCAGUGAGUACAUAUUUUAUGAAGGAAGGCAUCGCAUCGCAUCGAACUGUGAAGCCCACCUCCUUUGGGGAGGCGAAUACUCAAUCAAAAUUUUCAAAAAAAAU